GGACCUAUGUUACCGACAUACGUCGGCCAUUUUGUCAAUAAUAUUGUAAAGUUUAAAAAAAUCUGUUACGCUUUUUAUUAGCCGUUUUUCAGGUUAUGACUGUUUGAUGUGAUACACUAUUUAUUAAAUAAAUUAUUUAAAAAUGAAUAAAGGUGACCAACCUACUUUUGAAAACAAAGAUGAAGAGGUGCUCUAUUGGAGAAGCCUAGCCACACAAUACUUUGAUGAUAUCGAUCGAAUACAGAAAGAAUCUGAUGAAUUCAUCAGUGAAUCACAACAACUGGAGCGCGAAUAUGAGGCGACAAUAGAACAGAACGAAAAGAAAAUAAAAGAACUAACCUUAGCUAACAACAGAGCGUAUAAUGAAAUUGAAACCAUAAGGGUAAAGUUGGACCAGAGCAAUAAACACACUGUAUCUCUCCAAACUCAAAUCGAAAACCUAUCCAAGGAGAAAACGGACAUGGCGCGAUAUAUCCGAGAACUCGAACAGAAAAACGACGACCUGGAAAGGUCACGACGGAUCGUCGAGGAGAGCAUUUCCGGCAUCGAAGCAGCGUUCCACAACGCAAUUGAACGAAACGCAAUCCUCGAGUCCGAAAUCGACGAAAAAGAAGGUCUUAAAGAGAAACUGCAGCGGUUAGCUGAUGAAACGAGAGAUCUAAAACAAGAGCUCUUGGUUAAAGAGCGAUGUCAAGAAAACGAACGACCCGUGAAUGGAUACAAGCCGGUGUCCAUUGUUGAUUCCAACAGGCUUAAAGAAAUUGAAACCCAAACGACGCCCAUUAAAAAAGAUCAGCUACCAUAUCAAGCGCCCAUAACACCGGCGUCUCGUGUAAUGGCCUUAAACAUCGUAAGCGACCUCAUCCGAAAAGUCGGGUUGUCUCGUUUCCUUUGUUCACAAUGCGGCCGGUAUAAAUGUACAGUUUGCCCGCCAUCUGCCGUUAAUCCCACCAAUAACACACCGAGGGUCUAGAGCGCCGACUGGAAAAAAGCCGAUUCGAUUACCGAGACAUCGGUUCGAAUGAUCUCAGGUAAACGCCAAAACGCGCCGGUUUGUGCUAAUCGGUGACGUUUCAGGAGUCGACAUUCGGCCAAAAAUAGUCCCGCUCCGAGCAUCCAAGGCCUGUCCAAAUGAGAGUAAAGGUUUGAUCCCGAGGGUUUUCGAAUCGGGAACCACAUAUAGUAAAAGUAAUCAGUGUUUUAGGUACGUCUGGCUUAAAAACAAAACUCUCUCAUUGUCCAGUAUUAUGUUUGUUCUGUAGCUUUUUUUUGUUCAACUUGUAUUAAAUACGGUGGAAAAAGUGAUCUUUGUCAGUGCUUCGUGAUAUUAUUUUAAGUCAGGAGUUCCUUUAACAUUCUGUAAAUAAUUUUGGUGAUAAUUUUUCUAGAUAGGUGAUGUUUUUCGCUUAAAGCAACUAUUCCUUUAAUAUAUGUAAAUAUUAUCGUGAAUAACCGUGUGACUGGGUUCAUCUUUCAAACUUGUUUACGUCUCGAGCUGACGUAAAUUAAGGUUUCGUUGCUGCCUUUCAUUCAAAAAUAAUAUAUUUUUUCACAUAUUUAAUAUUGAGUAGAGUAAUUUAAAACGGGUUUUGCGUUUUACUAGUUUGCCGUUUUUUGUAAUAAUUUAUUCAAUCCAAUCACUAAUAAUUAGGUACAAAUUUUAUAUUUUUAAUGCAUAUUCCAUAAGUUAAGGUGCAAAUAUUUAUUACUGUAUCAUAGAUGAAAAUAAACAUUUAAAGUAA